AGAACAGUGAAAAAAUGGUAUGCUAGGCUAAAUUGAUCGCGAUCUUCUUUCCGAGGGUAUUUCCCGCUUAUGAUAAAGUGACAGGUGACACGUGUGUGACAGGAAUGGUCAUAAUAGUCAUCUGGAUGAUGUUGUUGGCCGAAGUGUACGGAGGGUUGAUGAAAAAAUUGCCCUUGCCGAUGCCGUAUCCCUGGAAGUUGCAGGUGGAGAAAAGCGGCGAUGUGAUCGAACUUACGCAACCAAAGAAAAAGCAAGAAUUGACCAGCAUUUCCCAGUUCGAAAGAGUUAACCCGCACGACAUGGACUACUAUCAUACGAGAGAAGCAUUGAUUUCAGUCAAAACAUGGAGGCAUCGAAACAAGAGAUACACAAGCUAUACCAAUAAUGAUGGAAUUAAUAGAAAAAGGAUAGCAAGCGCUCAUGGUCCGAUAAACAGGCUCAGACACAGUUCAGACAUCGCGCUGUGUCCAUUCAAAGUGUGCUACAUGGGUCGCAAAAGGCUGACAUCUAGAAGAUUUUCCAGGAAGAUAGCACUAGGCUAACGGACGAGAUCGAAGACGCGUAGGUUGUAGUAUGACGAGACGCGUGUCGGCUGACGUUUAUUAUUAUUUGUUUUUCGCAUCGCUGAAAUCUACAUGACGUCCUAAGACUUACUUCAGAUGACGCGCGUCGACUUGGCGCGGCUUCCAUGGGUCCGUGUUCAGAUGGCAAAGGGUUGUUAAAUCAAGAAAAAAUGCUUCGUAGGAAAUCCAAAUAUUUCAUUGAUCUUUGCCAGGUUGUAUUUCUGUAAAAAAUGGUCGUAUCUAGACCUGAAGAAGGCAUUUUGAAGCUUUAAGAUCCAGAUUUUUAUUUUUUUUGAACAAAAAAUUAAAGGAGCAACAGUUCAAUUCAUGCAAUUCCUACAAAUAGCGCAAGGAAAUUUUUUUAACAAAUGUUUCCUUAUCUUUUUAGUCCAUGGUCUUAGUAAAUUGUGUGGUCGGUUUAACAAUUUCUUACAUAACAUUCUGAAAAUCACAUCAUCUGAAGUGAUUUGGCAACGUUGGCACAUUGACACAUGCCCACAAUUCGUUCCAUCUUUCAACACAGACAUUGACAACCUUCGGCCUUCUGUCAAAGGGUUCAUCUCACUCAUUAAUCUGUUUUCAACUUGUUCUUGUCAUAUUUUAUAUAAUUUUGACCAUUGUACCAUCUAUCCAGCUCUCACCAUGUUACUGGACGUUUCCCUCAUCCUAUACGUAAACAACAAUUAGCAACAUCCUCACAUACUACUGUAAGUUGAGUCAAUUUAAAUUCAUUUUACACUUUUGUUGCUACUGUUAUCAUUGUAAUUGCAGCUCCUGAUGAUGAUGGCAAAGUCCAUUGAAAGCUAGAGAGAAUUAAAAAAGUAUAAAGAGUCCUCUUUGCUUAAAUUUUGUCGAAGUACCCAACAAAAGGCGGAAGCUUUAAUUUUUCACCUAACUGGUCUAGACGACAAUGACCACGUCUCAAGUUAUAUAUAUAUAUAUAUAUUUGUUCAGCAUCAAAAUACGUAAUAUUUGACUAGUUUGUAACAUUUCAUAUCAGUACGCGAUGUAACCGAAACUUUACGGUCGGCUCUUGGACUAUUAUUAGCUUAUGUGCGGAACGUCCUUGGCUAUAGACGCGGUGUUGCCAAGCUUUAAAAAAUAUUUAUAAAACGCUACAUUUAUACUAAGCAAGAUAGAAUGAGCUCUUUUCUUCUGUCUUCUGUUUAUUUAACUACUCUUACCUAAUCGAGUAACAAUUUAUUGUAUUUAAUCAAUGAUAGUGAAUGUGAAAGAAACUAUUUGUGCUUGGUUGACACACAGCCUUUAAAAAUAUGAGCCGAGUUUUUUAAACAACUUCAGAUUGUCAAUAAAAUUGUUGGAUGGCGGCAUAUAAUGAUUGUGAUUUCUGUCCUUGUAGUAAUCAAUAAUUAUGAGAGAAGCGUUUAGAACAAACCUACCAAAUAUUUUUUUUCUUCGGUAUCUUAUUUGCAAAAAAUUGGGAAGAUCGACGCGCGUAUUGACAUAUAUUUUCUGACAUAGGCUUCCAUGUGAUCAGCUAGUGUUAAUUUUGUGUAUUUUCAAAGCGAGCGUCAAGCGAACGCGGGUCAUCUGAAGGCGCUAUGGAAUUAGCAACAAUUCUUACAACUUCAAGAUGUCAGAUCAGAACCUGUUAGGCUAAUGUCACACGAUUUGUAUUUACUGUGGCCCGUACCAUCAGUAUUUACUGAUCCUCAAGUGUCAGUGGAUUUUUAUGUAACUUUAAGCCCGUAAAUCCUGAUCGUGUGACUUUCGCGUUGGUUAAGAAAUACAAAUCUUGUGAAUCGAGUAAUUGGACAGGAAAUCGCUGAGAGUCAAAAUCUGUAUCAUUAAUUGAAUAAAUUGAUUGACGCAUAAAGGUCCUCGCCCAUUGCAUCGUUUCAUGGUAGGAUCAGCAUAAGCGAAAUUUUGUUGGUUCCGCCACGCGCUGUAUAUAAACAGCCUUGCCUUUUUCUAUGGCACUUAAGGGAAAAGUUAAAAGUACAGACGUUGUAGUCACAACUCAAGCAAAUUUAGGCUAGAAAUGAAGUUUAUCUUUAAUUAAUAAUAGUAUGCUACCUUAUAGUGGAGGAGGGCCUUAAACAUUUGAAAUAUGGAUGACUCUCACGUUUAGCACGGCAAUAACGUCAAUUUUGUCUUUGAACUCUAGUCUAAGUGAAUUUAAUAGUAGCAUGGUCCUUAAUGUCACAGACUUUUGUGUUCCACUUUUGCAUAGUAUUUUCGAAAAAUACCAAGAAAUUGAAACGACACGAUUCUCAUAUCGCGGAUAUAAUUUUAAUACUUUUGAGUGCUACUAAAACUAAAUUCACUUGACCGAUGGUGCAUCAUUACAGAAUCGUCAACAUGACUUAUCAGAAAUCUAUCUUUGGAUAGCACGACAUUUUAUCCACUGGGUAACAAGUUGAUAUUUAUCGUAAUGAUAUUAACAGCUUGUCUUGUUUUAGCGCUCGUGCCAUACAAAAUAUCUGAUAAGUUAUUCUAAGAUGUAUAGGCAAUUCAAAUAAUCGUUAUCACCAUCAUCGUCAUCACACAUUUUUUAUGUUGUACUUUUUUCCAUCAAAUGUAUGAACGUCUUUCUGCAAUACAUUUUGCGUGCAUGUAC